CAGCAGGGAGAGCACCCUAUAAACCCCUGGGACCAGCCCUGCCUUCUCAGUCUGCAGGAGGCAACCAGCAGGAGACGGCCCCAGCAGGACCAAGGAACCCCAGCUGGUCCAUCUCAGCAAGAGGACAAGCUGCUUCUCUGGGGACUUUGCUGGAGAGAGCCUGGUGAGGAAGGGAGCGUGGCUGCAGCGUCAUCCUGGGUGUGUUGCUGUCUCAGCUCCAGCUGGUGGAAGCCGUGGAAGAGCUGCAUCCAGCUGAUCUCUGAGUGGUGCCCGUGGUUCAGCUCCACCAAACACCCCCCCAGCCCACAUCCCCAGUGGCCAAGCCCUUGGCUGCAACCAUGGACAUCGUGGAGAGGGUCUUCUCCGUGGCCCAGGCCAUCCAUGCCCAAUUUGAGCAGGUGAAGUGCUGUAAGCACCAGUGCCAGCGCCUCGUGGAGCGCAUCCAGAUCCUGCUGGAGCCCGUGAGGAUCCUCAGGGCUCAGUCACCAAAGCACAUUUCCCACCACGAAGAGGAACUGCUGAAGAAGCUGCUCCGGGCAUUGUGGGAAGCCCAGAAGCUGGUGAUGAAAUACAGCCAGACCAGUUGGAUCCAGAAGUUCUUGAGAGCCCACAGUGCCAGCGAGGAGUUUGUCUGGGUGAACGAGAGCCUGGAGGACAUUGCCCAGGGGCUCUCCCUCCUGCUGCAGGCAGAGCAGAAGCAGGCUUUCCUGGAGGCUUUCCAGGCAAAGACCUGUCGCAGGCAGGAUGCUGAGGACCUGAGGGAUGACAAGGCUUUCUUGGACCAGGUGAUUGCAAGUACUGAGGAACCCGAAGACCUGGCUGGGGAGAUCUACAUGGACAGGCAAAGCAUGGAGAGCACGGUGGACCGGAUGCAGAGCGAGCUCAACAAGAUCGUGCGCGUGAUGGAGUGCUUGAAGAAGGUCAACGUUGGUAAAAGAGAAGACAUCACCGAGAUCCAGAGGGACCAGCUCACCUUCUACAGGCACCUGCAGGACACCGAGAGCUACGACCUCUACGAGGGCGAGUACCUCAAGUACCCGGUGGCCAUCAAGACCUUCAAGAGGCCACUGACCACUGACAUCGUGAAGGUGAGAGACAUCUUUGAGAGGGAGGUUCAGACCCUGAAGAAGUUUGAGUCUCCAAACAUCCUGCGCAUGUAUGGGAUCUGCAUUGAGGAGAAAGAUGGGAGCCCCUGCUUCUCCAUCGUCAUGGAGUACUGCAAGCACGGGACGCUGCGGGACGUGCUGACCAAGCAGCAGCACCUCUCCUGGGAAGUCCGCAUUCGGAUGGCCCUGGGGGCUGCCAGGGGCCUUUACAGGUUGCACCAGACGGAGGAGAAGUCCCGACUCCACGGCUGCAUCUGCAGUAGCAAGUUCCUGGUGGCUGGGGAUUACUGUGUGAAGCUGUCGGGAUUUGAGCUGGGUGAAACAGAGUCAUCCAUCAAGAGGAAAGCCAAGAAGAACUGGAAACACAUCUCUCUGUUGGCUUAUGCUGCCCCUGAGAACCUGAAGGACAUCAGCUACCCCUACCAGAGGCCCUGUGAAAUAUACAGCUUCGGGAUCGUGCUGUGGGAGAUUGCAACCUCCAAAAUCCCAUUUGAAGGCUGCACUCCCCAGGAGAUCCUGGAGAAGAUCUGCAACCACCAUUACCAGGACCCUGUUGGGGAAGAUUGUCCUGCAGAACUGCAGAAAAUCAUCAACCAGUGCCGGGCCUUUGACCCUUCCCAACGCCCUUCAGCUGAGGAGAUUGUGGACUUGCUGGCUGACCUGGAGAAAAGCAGAAGCCAAGGAAGUUAACUGCGGGAAGGGGGCUGGGGGUGCCCAGAACAGGAGCCACACGCCCGGGAAAGCAAGGCCAGGGACAGCAGCGGGAAUUCCCCUCUUCCUCGCCUUCUCACGGACGGAUCCGGGCGACACGCGCGCGCGUUUCCGCCUGCCCAGCCCUUCGCCUCGCCGAGGGGACCGGGAGGAGGCUGGGGGGGCCGGGAGGGGGACACCCCACCUUGGGAUCUGCCCCCCCCGAGCGGCUGCCCCCCCGGGGCACAAGGGGGAACUGGCAGGAGCCCCGGGAGGGGAGUGGCGGGAGGCGACGGGAACUGCUGCUCCUCAGUCCGGACACGGGGACCCCCAGAGCCCCCCAACAGGGACCCUCAGAGCCCCCCAACAGAGAUCUCAGAGCCCCCCAACAGAGACCCCAGAGCCCCCCAACAGAGACCCUCAGAGCCCCCCAACAGGGACCUCAGAGCCCCCCCAACAGAGACCCUCAGAGCCCCCCA